UUUCCAAGACUAGAGGGACAAGAGUGACUAGAGGUGCUGUCAUUUAUCUGUCAAAAUUGAUCAAAAUAAAUGGAUACAUGUUAGAUUAAAGUUUUUUAUAUUAUUAAAAAGAGGUGUAGAUUUACGACCUCAAAAAUUGUAUGUUGGCACAAUGUCAAGUAUAUAUUUUGUCAGUUAUUUACUAUUCCUGAGUGUGUGCUUCGGUGAAUAUGAAUGGAAGACGAAGAGACAGACGAUAUGUGGAGGAUUGUUUCCAAAAAUUUUCACAAGUUACGCACCAUUGGGUAAUUUAACGGAAUAUUUGUUUUACACGCCAAAAGCAGAUAUAAAUAAUUUGAAGCAAUGUGUCGCUGAUUGUUGUCAACAAUCGCAAUGUAAUGUUGCUAUGAUUCAUAAUAGUACAUGUUAUAAUGUACGUUGUGCAAAUUCGAAAAUGUGUAUACCAUUAUAUAGACCAGAAUUUGCGAAUAAUAAUCCACCGAGUAUGGUACUCGUUAAGCCAGUAGAGGAUGAUGAAGAGUGGCAAGAUAUUUUAGAAAUGGAGGAUACAGACAAUAGACUGAUGGAUGUGGAAAACAUAAAUCACGCAGUUUUCGGGUUCGAUGGAGUUCGAUGCAUAAAUGGCCAAACCGAUUGUGCAGAAAAUGAAAUCUGCCGGAAACGAAAUACAAAAUCGGAAUUUGGUAUCUGUGAGUGUUCGCGAGGAUCUACUAGAAAUAUCGCCGGAUUAUGUACACAAAGUGAAGAGCAGGAAAAUCGCGACUAUGGAGUCACGCCGGAAUAUGCACAAUAUCAUGGGACAAAAGAAUCUGGUGCGUCGUCGAUAAAACCCCCAAUGAAGCAACUAUUAGUUUCUGCCGUAUCGAAAGAAGUGCGACUUCCUGAAAAUGAAGUCACACUGUCGGCUUUUACAGUUCCUGCUGAAUUGUCAGGGGAACAUUAUAAUUAUGCGUGGAGCCUCUUGAGUCAACCGGAAGGACACACAGGCACUAUGACAGAUCAAAAUAGUAAUACAGUUAAAUUAAGUAACUUGUCUGAGGGCUUGUAUAAAUUUAAAGUCGCCGUUAAUAGUCCAACUGCUUAUGGAGAAGCUUAUGCAAAUGUCAGCGUUUUACCACCAAAACGGAUAAAUCAAGCUCCGAUUGCAAUAAUUUCGCCAGCAUCGCAAGUCGUGAAACUACCAAAUACCGGAGCCGUUCUCGAUGGAUCUUCAAGUAAAGAUGACGAUAAAGUUAUUGCCUACCAUUGGGAACUCCAACAAGGACCUAUUGGCUAUCAACCUAAUCUUGUCGACACGCCUACUCUUCAACUCGACAAUCUCAUUCCCGGAAAUUACACUUUCAAAUUAACCGUUGAGGAUUCGGAUCACGCGACAAAUUUCACAGUGGCAAAUAUAACUGUCCUGAAAGUGACUGAUUAUCCGCCAAGUGCGAAUGCAGGACAGGAUAUAAUUAUUUACUUACCGCAAAAUACUUUAACGUUGAAUGGAAGUUUGAGCACUGACGAUCGAGGAAUCGAAAGUUGGCAGUGGACAAAAAGUCCAUCGGACCAAAAUAAAGCGGUUGAUAUGCAAAAUACGCGAACGCCGUAUUUACAAUUGUCGAAUUUAGAAGAGGGAAUGUACACGUUUGUUUUGAAAGUCACUGACAAUUCGGAUCAGUCGUCGACGGCGGAAGUUCAUGUUUUCGUUAAACCACCCACUAAUAAACCUCCAAAAGCAAAUGCUGGAGAUGACAUAACAAUUGCUCUACCACAAACUGAAACUGUUCUGAAUGGCAGUCGCAGUAAGGACGAUAUUAAAAUUGUUUCCUAUCAUUGGGAACAAAUACGAGGACCCAGUAAGGCGGAAUUUCGUGCAGUUAACGAAAGUAUAACGAACAUUACGAAACUUACUAAAGGAGAUUACGAAUUCAAAUUAACUGUUAUUGACGAUAAUGGAAAUAAGGAUUCUGAUAAAGUGAAAGUGAGAGUAACGCAAACGAAAAAUGCUCCGCCGAAAGCAAACGCCGGCGGUGAUCAGACAUUUGUUGCUCCAAUUGCGGCUGUGAUAUUAAAUGGUUCACAAUCCAGUGAUGAUUUAAGAAUAGCGCAAUGGUUAUGGACUCGAGAACCAACGAGUCUUGCUAUUGGUUCUAUCGUUGAGGGAACUGAUAAAUCUCCAAUUUUAAUACUAACAGACGUUGUUCCAGGCAGAUAUGUUUUUAAAUUGAAAGUAAUAGACGAUGAUGGUCUCACUAAUGAGGAUACAGUCUCUGUUAUUAUAAAACCUGAUCCACAACUCUAUAAUUUAGUUGAGCUGACGUUAAAUGUUGGAGCUCAUUUAAUAACUGAAUCACAAAAAAAUUCUCUAGUUGUCAAAUUACAAAUGUUGCUUCGCGAGGAAGUGACAAUUGUCGUUCGAAACUUAAAAUCAGAGCCAAGAACUGGAAAACUCAUUAUCUUUUUCUACGUCGAGAAAAAAGAUGGAAAAUCAACAAUGACUGGACCAGAAGUUGUUGACAAAUUGAAGGAGAAAAUGAGACAAGAUUCGGGAAUUUUACAAUUGUCAGUUGCUAGAAUUGAAACUGCCAAAUGCCAGAAUAAUUGUUCCGGACACGGGGGUUGCGAUGAAGAAACAAGAGAAUGCAUGUGCGAGGCAUUUUGGAUGCAAAAUCUAAUUCAAAAAUACUUUGGCAAUGGUGAAUCGAAUUGUGAUUGGAGUAUUUUGUACGUGAUAAUAGCUUUACUUUCUUUGGUUUUAUGCUGGGUGGGAUUCCUAUGGGGAUUAAUAUGUUUAUGCCAGAGAAUUUGUACUGGAAAAAAGCGAAAUUCUCGCUCGAAGAAGAAACCGCCUCGUUAUUCACUUCUUCAACCGGACGCUGAUGAAGAAAGCAGUACAUUCUCGCCGCACAAAAUGGUUUUAUCAGAAUCAGACACGGAUUCAGAUGAUGUUUUAUUCGAGCAUCGAAAGGGAAAAGUGAACGGCUUUGCGAAAAAUGGCAAAAACCGAAAUGGAUUCAUCAAAAGUGGCUUGAAAGUGAAAACAUGAGGAACAAAUUAAUAAACUGCGAGUGAGUUUUG